CUGAUCGAUUCUAUGGAAACAUCAAGUAUCUCAAGUCUCUUAGCCCCACCCCCUUUAGUAUGCCUGACCUUUGAACCCACACUCUUUCUGGACAAUGGCCUCUGGAAGUAAUCACUUAUCUGGGUUAUGGAACAGACUGACUUACAAAAAUGAUCAAGCAAGAGGGGCUUGUCAGAAAUGUGGAUAUUCUGGUCACCUAACGUACGAGUGUCGUAACUUCAUUCGAACAGGCCCGUCUCAGGACAUCCACUUGGACAUUAGCAGUACGUCAAGUGAUGAUAGUGAUGUGUCUGUCUCCUCCACCUCCUCCCCCUCAUCGGCUAGUGGGAAGGGCAACAAGAAAGUAACCAAGAGAUCACGAUCCAGAAGUCGCUCCAAAGAUCGGAAAAAACGAAAAAAACGCACUCGUUCCUCUAGAGACAGGUCACUUGAGAAAGCGUUAAAGUCACGUGACGUUCCAAGGACUCGCCUCUCACCUCAUUCGUCUGAUGAAGAUAAUAGUGGUGAGGAGAGGUCUUCAAGAAGGAGGCUGAAGCCCAAGAGGAAGUCGCACAAGCACAGCUCUGACAGGAAGCACGAGAAACACCAGCACAAAUCAUCCAAGAAGAAGAAGAAGAAGAAGAAACACUCCUCACAUACAUAAUCAUUGACUUUACCGCUGUUCGUAUAGUACAGUCACAUGUUCACCUUGGUAUAAAUUACUCAAUCUGUGAUUAUAAUUAUUAUACCCACUCCAUAUCCACUGAACUGUCUCAUCAUGGAAUUGGCAUGAAUGUGAGUCUGAUAAAUACCUCA